AUGGAGUCAGGCCUCUCACAAACCUUCCAGGAAGAGUUCACCUGCCUGAUCUGCCUGAGCUACCUUACAGACCCAGUCACCAUAAGCUGUGGCCACAGCUUCUGUCGAGCCUGCCUCCACCUUUCCUGGGAAGACAGCCAGGUUCCUGUUCUUUGUCCUACGUGUAGGGAACCAUCCCAGCAGAAGGACUUCAGAACCAACAUUGCUCUGAAGAAGUUGGUGUCUAUUGCCAGACAAGCCAGCCUCAUGAAGUACCUGAGCUCUGAGGAGCAUCAGUGUGUGACCCACAAGGAGACCAAGGGGAUCUUCUGUAUGGAGAAUAGGAUCUACCUCUGUCGACUCUGCUCUGACUCCCAUGAGCACAGAGGUCACAGACACUGUCCCAUUGAAGCAGCUGCUGAGGGUCAAAUGGAGAAACUUCUGAAGCAAAUGGAAUCAUUAUGGGAGAAGAUCCAAGAAAAUGAAGAGAAUCUAGAAGCAGAGAAAAGAGUGAUAACUCUGUGGAAGGACUGCUUGAUUCUAAGAGAAGAAAGGAUCAGGGCAGAGUACAGGACAUGCUACCCAGACCUCUCUGAACAGGAAGAAGAGCAUAUUGAGCGUAUGAAAAGAAAAGGCAAUUAUUAUUUAGACAAACUCUGGAAAAGUGAAGCUAUGAUGGUUCAAAAGAGCAAACAACUAAGAAAAGUGUAUCACGAGCUGAUGGCGAUGUCCCAGGAACCAUAUGUGGUACUGCUGCAGGAUUUGGAUGACAUAUUCAGAAGGAGUGACUCAAUGCGACUAAGCAAGCCCCUGGCUAUGAAACUAGAAUUCUAUGUCCUAGCCCUGAGUGGACUGAGUGAAAGCUUCGACUAG